AAUCCGUAUGUUCUUCUUGUUUAUCUCUCUUUCUCUCUCUGCACAGACUUUAUCCAAUCUAACUCUUUCUUCUCCUCGGCUUCAUUUCUUCCCCUCUUGCGGAUAGAAGCCAUGGAUAGGCUUCUAUCUUCGUCUCCUCUUAACACCAAUCUCAAGCCCUUUACUGUUUUUCUUCCAACCACUCGAUUUGAUUCUGCAAGAUUGAAUUUUUUCGCCUCAACGCGUUGUUCAUUCAGGUGGGUCACCUCAAUAUCUUCCAAAUAUGAAAACCCAUCUCCAUUACCCUCUUCUGCUCCCCUUUUCGCCACAUCUACACCAACCAGUAAUAACUUGCCAUCCCUUUACUCUUCUCAUCUCAUCCAUUCCGAUGGCUCCGUAUCUCAAUCCCAACCUCUCAAUCAGAUCACUUCUGGGGAUUUCAAAAAACCAAAGGCAAUAACAGCUAGGACAUUUGCAAUUCUUUCCGCUCUUGUUUUGCUCUUAAUUCAACCAGCUUUUGCACCAGCAGCUUUUGCAACCUUUCAAAACGCUGCCAAGAGUGGUGGCCCUGCAGCUGCUGCGGUUGGUGGAAAACUAAUCCGCACCGAGCUACUAAAUAGUGCUUGGACUGGUUUCUUUGCCGGUUGCUUGCACACACUAUCAGGGCCUGACCAUCUUGCUGCUUUGGCACCAUUGUCAAUUGGCCGAACCCGAAUGGAGAGUGCUGCUGUGGGAGCCCUUUGGGGUUGUGGUCAUGAUGCUGGUCAAGUUAUCUUUGGCUUACUAUUUUUGCUCCUCAAAGAUCGACUUCACAUUGAAGUUAUCCGGACUUGGGGUACCAGAGUGGUUGGCCUUACCCUCCUAGUAAUUGGUGCUAUGGGAAUUAAAGAAGCUUCAGAAGUUCCAACCCCAUGUGUUGCCUUAGAAAAUGGUGAGUGUGAUGUCAGUGUCUAUGAAUCACAUGAUAAUCCUAUAGUAGGAAAGAAGAAGAUUGGUUUUGCUACUUUUGCCACUGGAAUAGUUCAUGGACUGCAACCGGAUGCAUUGAUGAUGGUGUUGCCUGCCCUUGCUUUACCUUCUCGCAUAGCCGGUGCUGCAUUUCUCAUCAUGUUCUUACUUGGAACUGUUGUUGCAAUGGGAUGCUAUACGGUAUUUAUAGGUUCAUGUAGCCAGGCACUAAAAGAUAGAGUACCAAGAAUAACUGAGAAACUCACUUGGGCAUCUUCUCUUGUCGCAAUAGCCCUCGGAUUUGCCAUCCUCAUUAGCCAGUUUUUUGGGUUUAGCCUGUAUUAGUUCACGUUAAUCAGCCAGGAAGCUUUUUGGUGAACAUCGUUUCCGUGUCAAGGAAAAGUAGGGACGUUAUUUAGAGAGAAAUUUAAUUGUUUGAAACAAGGUCACUAUUCAUGCAAUGUGGAUUGUCUAUCAUUUCACUACGCUUCUGAGUGUAUAUAACUCUGCUAGGUUCAAAUAUUAUGCAGCCCAGAACUACGUAGCUAUUUAAUUUGAAGAUUUCGAUUGAUUUUACCUAAAUUCUGUUCAUGCAUAUGUAGUAUGCCUUGGAAUUCUCAGAGAGUUUUACUAAUGUACCAUGGUACUGAAUCAAUAAUAUAUGGGAGUGCUUGG